AUGGGAUCACUACAACCACCACGGGCAGUCGAGCCCCCAAUCCUGGUGUCCCAUCCGUCGACCAACAUCGUCAAGAUCACGCUGAACAGACCGAGAUCGCUCAACGCCCUCAACGUCGCCCUCCUCAACGGUUUGGUGGAUGCCCUGGCCACCGCCCAUGCCGAAGGCAGGAGAAUAAUUGUCCUCGAAGGCGCCGGCGACCGGUCAUUCUGUGCCGGCGAAGAUCUGAAGGAAACACUGGCUCCACGAACCGGCGGUACCGACGAGCUCCGGCAGUCCUUCGCCCGACUGCAGGACAUCACUCGGCUCACGUCGUCGUCCGAGGCCCUGGUCAUCGCGGCCGUCCACGGCUUUGCCAUCGGGGGCGGAGCCGAGCUGGCCCUCGCCGCGGACUUUGUCAUCGGCGGGCCUAACCUCAAGUUCAAGUUCCCCGAAGUCCCCAUCGGCCAUGCCGCCACGGGCGGCAUCACUUUGCGAUUGACGUACAUGGUCGGCCUGCUCAAGGCCAAGGAACUCCUUCUUCGCGGCCGCUUCGUCGAAGCCGAAGAAGCCCUGAAGAUCGGACUCUUAACCGAGGCAGUGGACGAUCCUAAAGCCCGAGCGCUGGAAUUGGCCUCUCAAUUGGAAAAGCUACCGGCCAUCUCGGCCAGGAGCUCCAAGGCCAGUUUGGAGAGGUCGGUCUUUACAAACAUGGAGGCUGCCUUGGCCGACGAGGUUAACGUGGCGACGUGGUGCUUUUCCCAGAGUGACGCAGCGAAAGCAUUUGAGAACUUUGCAAAGCGAAGUCAGCGGGCAAAAGGUCCUGGUGCUGGUGCUGACACUGGCCGUAUGGCUGAAGCAGACUCAAAGGACCAACAUCGGUCGAAUGGCCAGCUGGCUCUGCCCGUGAUGGAGGCUGGCCCACAUGCAGCAGGGCUGGAUCAGCAGAGUCAGGACUACCUCGCAUCUGUCCGAGACAUCAAAGACAUUAACGUCGCCCUGGAACAUGCCACCAAGAAGUUCGGCCAUCGGACUUUUGUCCGCACAGGCAGGAAGGACUACAGCUUCACCCAGGUGGACGAGUCGGUUGGCAAGCUCGCCGGUGGACUGGCGUCGCUCGGGAUCGGACCAGGAGACCGGGUUUUGGUCAUGAUGCGGAACAGUAUCCAGAUGGUGGAAAUAUGGCUGGCGACCAACCGACUGGGAGCGACCUGGGUGCCGAUCAACGUCGAGCUGAGGUCGGUGACCCUCGAACACGUGGUCCAAAGUGCCGCUGCAAAGGUGGCCAUCGUGGACGCCGAAUUCCUCGCGGUACUCAAGUCGACCCAGCUCGACGACGAUGAGCCUCUCCCAGUAUACGUCAAAGGUGGUGACUCUCAGGCUCCCAACCAUCUCGCCACACUGUACACAUUGGGCGAAGCAGUCAAGUCGGCUCGACCAGUCAAACCCUCAGACACGGCGGCCUUUCUGUACACCAGCGGGACGACGGGGAAGUCGAAGCCGUGCAGCCUUUCGCAUCAGUACUUCAUUCUCCAAGCCAUGGCCCUGGUGGAAACAUUCGGGCUGAGGGGGGACGAUGUCUUGUACUGCCCCUUCCCGCUGUUCCACGCCGAUGCGACCGCCUUGACCACAAUCCCGGCCAUCCUUUUGGGCGCGACGGCGGCCCUCUCGGCGCGAUACAGCGCCAGCAGGUUCUGGUCGGAGAUCCGGGAAACCCAGGCCACCGUUUACGACUUCAUGGGCGCCACCCUGGCGCUGACUUACAAGCAAAAGCCGAGCCCGGAGGAUCGAAACCAUCGUGUCCGGCUCGCGUGGGGGGUCCCCAUCCCAGCCUUUGCGCCCGACUAUGAAGCGCGGUUCGGCCAUCCGCUGUACACUCUGUACGGUAGUGUCGAAGCCAGUCUGCCGAUCAUGCAGCAGGGCCCCCGCGUCCCGGGGUCGUGUGGGACGCUGCGCCGCGGUUACCAGAUGCGCAUCGUGGAUCCGGACGACAACGAAGUGGCCCCCAACACUCCAGGGCAGCUGCUCCUGCGCAGCGACAUCCCAAACGCCUUCUUCCAAGGGUACUUCGGCAACUUGCCGGCCACCGUCGACGCCUUUCGCAAUCUGUGGCUGCACACGGGCGAUCUCGCCAAGGUGGACGAGCACGGCAACGUCUACUUCGUCGGGCGGGCCAAGGACCUCAUUCGGCGCCGCGGGGAGAACGUAAAUGCGGCCGAGGUCGAAGAAGAGUUUCUCCGACAUCCCGACGUCGUCCUGGCAGCGGCGUUCGCCAUCCCGUCCGAACUUGGAGCCGGGGCGGAAGAAGACGUCAAGGUGGCGAUCAAGCUGCGGGACGAGAGCACGCUCGACGAGGCCGCCAUGUUCGACUGGUCCGUCCGACACAUGGCACGGUUCCAGGUCCCCUCUGUUAUCGAGCUCGUGCCCGAGCUGAAAAAAACCCCGACGGGGAAAGUCGAGCGGAUCUGGCUCAAGGCCCAGGGCGGCAAACGCUUCGACAUCCGACAAUGGCAGCAGGCACUGAAGUAG